GAAAGACAUGUGAUCGCAGCAGGAUUGUGCGACAACAUGUUGCUCGUAUGCAUUUAGCCUAAUUCUAACUACUGCAUCUACUGGUUGCCGACUAGUGAAAUUCAAGUGUGACACUGUUUCGUCUCAUUGGACACACUAUAUAAUCUAGUAUAUUAAAUUAGUAUUAGCAGAGAGAAAACUCCUCUCUGGUAUCAGCUGAUAGCAACGGAAAACUCAAUAGCUAGAGUACAUAUAUCACGUGAUAUUACAUUAAAUAUAUUUGUUACUGAAAAAUAAUCAUUGGUAAAUACGAAUUUAGUUUUCGUACUACAAUGAAAUUUAUGUAUAUAUAAUACUAUUUCCAAGUUUACUAUUAAAAUCGGAACAGUUUUUCCUAUGUAAUCACUAGUACAUCAUAUACGACAUAUAUACCUACGUAUACAUGUGACAUUUGGUAUAAAAGUGUUAAUGUAUGGAAAUAAAAUCUUAAUUGAAAUACAUCAAGUCAAUCAACAAGAUGACAGCUAACUAUUAUUUCGCAAUCGUCGGGCAUACUGACAAUCCUCUAUUUGAAAUUGAAUUCAACAAUUCUGGGAAAGAUGCAAAGAAAGAAGAUUAUACUCAUUUAAACCAAUUUAUUGCACAUGCUGCUCUAGAUCUUGUAGAUGAACAUACUUGGAAAACAACAAAUAUGCAUUUGAAAGUUGUAGACAAAUUUAACCAAUGGUUCGUGAGUGCAUUUGUUACUGCAACUCACAUUCGAUUUGUCAUGGUACAUGACAGUAAAAAUGAAGACGGUAUAAAAAAUUUCUUCAAUGAAAUGUAUGAAAUGUACAUAAAGUACUCAAUGAAUCCAUUCUAUAAAUUAAAUACGCCUAUUAAAUCCAUUGGCUUUGAGAAAAAGGCGCAAUUAUAUGGUAGGAAAUAUUUAUCUUCAUAAAUUGUUCAUUAUUUCAUAGUUGUUCCUUGUAUGUAUCCAUUGCAUGAAAAGAAAAUGGAAGAAGUGAUACACUUAAUAAAAUAUCGUAGAAAUAAUUUCUGCUAUGAAUAAAUUAUCUCUUACCUAAUUAAUAUGUAUACAUAAUAUGUGAAUAUUAUAUGAAUGUGGUCAUACAAAUAUGUGAAUUUUGAGCUGUAUGUAAAAAGAAAAACAUGUCACACAGUAUUUUCUUUAAAACUAUGUAAAUUUUGUAUAUUAAAUAUUUAUAUAUAAUAUAUAAUUUCUAGAAUAAUUUUUAAGUUAUUCAAAUGAGAAAUAAUUAUAUUUUUUAAACAUUUGAUUGUAUAUCAUUGUACAAAAUAUAUCGAUUUUAAUUUUAAUAAGACUAAA